AAUACUAUUCAAUUUAUUUCUGUAUAAUGUCACAUUAUACUUCAGUUAGUCAUAAUGAGACCGAUUGUAAAUCACCAAAUCUAAGCGAAACUAUGCAUGAAAGUAAAUUUGUGACAAAUGUUCAGUUAGGACGUAUUGCAUUCAGUCGACCGAUUGCAGAUUGGGAUUCAUUAAUGUCUCAAGAUGAUGAUUCAAGUAUCAAGGAUGGUCGUUGUAUGAAACCAUUAUUAUGUUGUAGUAAAAAACAAUGGAAAUCAUAUCCGAUACACUUUGUCAAGUCUGUAUUUCCAUGUAUCGACACAUUGCUACAUUAUAAUUGGCGAUCAGACUUAUUGAAAGAUCUCUCCGGUGGUUUGACAGUAGGUGUUAUGAAUAUUCCACAAGGUAUGGCAUAUUCAUUACUUGCCGGUUUACCACCUGUCUAUGGAUUGUAUAUUAGCUUUUUAAGUCCAUUAUUAUAUGCAAUAUUUGGUCGAUGUACACAAUUUUCUAUGGGUACAUUCGCUGUUGUAAGCCUAUUGAUUGUUGGUCCCAUUGAACAACAUAUUUCAAAGGUUGAAGUUAGUCAUCAUGACUCUAUUGUAAAUGCAAAUUCUACACUAGUUAAACAUGUAAUAACCAACAAGUUACCAGUAAAAUAUACAGAACCAAGAGCAGUUGUGGCUAUGACGCUUAGUUUCCUAAUCGGAAUUAUACAACUUAUCAUUGGCUUUUGUCAACUGGGCACAUUUACAUCUUAUUUGGCACCAUCAAUGGUAUCGGGUUAUACAUCGGGUGCAGGUUUUCAUGUUUUAAGCAGUCAGAUUAGUUCAUUGUUUGGUGUCAAGGCUGCGAAAAAAUACCAAGGACCUGGUUCAUUUUUUAUGGUCUAUGUGAAUUUGUUCAAAAAUAUACGUGAUACGAAUUUGUACACACUACUUAUAUCUGCUAUAUCGAUUGCAUUUUUAGUAAUUAUUAAAGAUGGUAUCGAACCCUUGUUGCAAAAAUAUGUACAUUUAAAGAUUCCAAUACCAACUGAAUUGAUUUUGGUUGCUUUGGGCACUUUGACUUCUGCCAAAAUGAAUUUGCACUCAACUAAGAAUGUUUCGAUUGUAGGUUACAUUGCUAGCGGAAUGCCACAGAUUACAGUACCAUAUUGGCGUUUAAUUCCAGAUUUACUACCAGAUGCUAUUCUAAUUGGAUUUGUUAAUACAUUCUUAUCAGUGUCCUUAGUGAAAUUAUUCGCUUUAAAAUAUCGCAAUAAAAUUAAUUUUAAUCAUGAAAUUUUAUCGUUCGGUCUUAUAAAUACACUUACAUCAUUCUUCUCUUGUUUUGUUCAAUCUGGUAGUCUUUCUCGUAGUAUGGUAUUAGCGGAAGCAAAAACCAGAACACCAUUUUCAGGUAUAUUCAGUUCAAUAUUGAUUAUAUUCGUCCUAUUGUUCUUGGGGCCGUAUUUCGAAGCAACUCCAUCAUGUAUUCUGUCUGCCAUAAUUGUGGUAGCAUUGAAAAGUCUCUUAACACGACCGAGAAAACUACCCUAUCUAUGGACUACUUAUAAACCAGAUUUUUUCCUAUUCAUUGUAACAUUUUUGGGCACUAUCAUACUUGAUGUCACUUAUGGCCUCUUAGUUGGUCUAUUGUCUUGUCUCAUUGUAUUGACGGAAAGACAACGAAGCGUCAAACUACUGGAAUUGCACAACAUCUCAGGGACAGAACUCUAUGUACAUAAGCAUUAUGAACUAUUGACCAAUAUGCCAAUUAAUAAAACGCAAUAUGAUUAUCUAUUGUCAUCGAUCAAAGCAAUACGUAUUCUAGGCUCAUUGAAUUUUUCAUCCGCUGAAAAUUUCACUAAUCGUAUCUAUGAAAUAAUGAAUAAUAUGAUGUUAAAAGAUGAUGGCGAAAUCAAUCGUGGUGCUAAUAACCAGAAUCUAACUAAUAAACAUAAUCAUGUUGAUGAUGAUGAUGAUGAUUCAAACAAUGAUAAAAGACAACAUAAUCAUUGCCAUAUAAAUGAGAAAUCUAUGAAUACAGAAGGCGGUAUAAAUAAUAUUUAUGAAUUGUCAGAAAUUGCAAAUGAGCGAAAAAUAGUCUCAACAAAUAGUAACAGUUGUUUAUUGGCAAACAAUAGUAGCAACGUAUCAAAUGAUAUUUGCAAGACAGAAGAAAGUAGUUUGUCAUAUCAUCAAUCUGAAACAAAACUACCAUCAACAAUUUUUGACUUGGAUGACAAUUUCAUUGAGCAUAAUGUACAUGAAUUACGAAGAUUUAUAUUGUUGGAUAUAUCGGGUAUUACGCAUAUUGAUCCGGCUGGCGCUACAGCACUCACUGAAAUACAACGUAAUCUGUACAAAAAUAAACACUAUAUGAUUUUAUGUGGAGAUCCAACUCCAUUCAAAUGUUUAUCUGUAUAUGAUUGGCAAGUUUGUCCUGGAUUGAAAUCCACCUACCCGACAUUAUAUGAUGCUGCAGCUGUCUGUGUAAAAUUGCUCUGUCAAGAUGUAUAAAAUUCGGAGAGGAGUUUGGAAUUGCGGAUAACCGAUAAAUUGGUUGAAUAAGUGAACAGAGAAAUUCAAUGCUUUUACAAGAACAAACAUUGAUCUACAUAUUUAAUUUACCAAAAAUAAUCUAAUUAUUAUUUAACAGUAUUGAUUGAAAAUGUUACUCGAAAUGAUUUUCAACUUAUUGCUUUUAAAAAAUGCACUAUAUCGAAAUGCAAUUUUUAUACUACAUUUCUGUUUCAAUAUUUUGUAAAUUAAAUCAAUAGUUAAUCGAUUAUUUUAUUGAAUUAUCUUUCCGAAAGUGCUAUUAUUCUGGUUGUGAUA